CCCGUCCGAACAAACUCUAAACUGUCAACCUAAACAUAUUUCCUUUGUUUUGCUUCUCCCGGAUUGAAAUUGGAUUCGUUUCAACAUUCAAAGAACGUCCACGUGGAAACUGGGACUCGUCACAAAUCCUUCAGUUAUCGGUAUCUGCAGUUAGUUUCAGCUGUAAUCACUACAAAAAAAUGGCAAAUAUGGCAACCCUGAUCCUGGAGGACGGGACGACGUUCAAAGGCCGCCAAUUUGGUGCAAGUGUGUCGGUAUCCGGAGAAGUUGUGUUUCAGACGGGGAUGGUGGGAUACCCCGAGGCUCUUACUGAUCCAUCCUACCGCUGCCAGCUGCUGACCCUCACUUACCCUCUGGUUGGCAACUAUGGUGUGCCAAUGGAUGAAGAGGGAGAGUUCGGGCUGAGCAAGUGGUUUGAGUCAUACAAGAUCCACGCUGCUGCCUUGAUUAUUGGAGAACUGUCUGAAAGUCCCAGUCACUGGAGUUCAGCCAAGUCACUGGACCAGUGGCUCAAAGAGCAAGGCAUUCCUGGAUUACAAGGUGUUGACACCCGCUGCUUGACCAAAAAGAUCCGAGAGAAGGGGACCAUGUUGGGGAAGCUGAUAGUGGACGGGACUCCUGAGGAAAGUAUUCCCUUCGAUAAUCCCGACAAGAGGAACCUGGUCCGAGAGGUCUCCAUGAAGGAGCCAAAAGUGUUCAAUCAUAGCGGCAGCUUUCGUAUCACAGUGGUGGACUGUGGCAUCAAGUACAACCAGAUCCGCUGCCUGGCUCAGAGAGGAGCCCGUGUUACUGUCGUACCCUGGGACCACCCGCUGGACACCGCCGAUUUUGAUGGUUUGUUCGUCAGUAAUGGUCCCGGGGAUCCCCAGCUCUGUCAGGCCACCAUCAACAACGUGAGGAAGGUGAUCUCUGUGGACCAACCAAAGCCAGUUUUUGGCAUCUGUCUCGGACACCAGCUGCUCUCUCUGGUCAUUGGAGCCAAGACCUACAAGAUGAAGUACGGUAACCGUGGACACAACCAACCGUGCAUCCAUAAUGGGACAGAGCGCUGCUUCAUCACCAGUCAGAAUCACGGCUUCGCUGUCGACCCUGACACUUUGCCCAAAGACUGGGACGUGCUCUUCACAAAUGCUAACGACCACACCAACGAGGGCAUCGUACACAACACAAAGCCUCUGUUCAGUGUUCAGUUCCACCCAGAGCACAUGGCUGGUCCUACAGAUCUGGUCGGCCUGUUUGAUGUCUUCAUUGAAACGGUGAAAGACCAUAAAGAGGGCAACACUGGAAAAUCUGUGAAGCAGCGUCUGAUGGACCACCUCACUUUCACUGGUUCCCCAAAGGCUGAAGGGCAUGUCAGAUCCAAAAAAGUCCUCAUCCUAGGCUCAGGUGGACUGUCCAUCGGCCAAGCUGGAGAGUUUGAUUACUCCGGCUCGCAGGCUAUUAAGGCUCUGAAGGAAGAGAAUAUCCAGACUGUGUUGAUCAAUCCCAACAUUGCCACUGUCCAGACCUCCAAAGAUCUGGCUGACAAAGUCUACUUUCUGCCGAUUACAGCAGAGUACGUCACUCAGGUGAUAAAAAAUGAGCGCCCGGACGGCGUCCUGCUGACUUUUGGAGGUCAGACUGCUCUGAACUGCGGUGUAGAGCUGACCAAGCUGGGCGUUCUGGAGAAAUAUAAAGUGCAGGUUCUGGGAACUCCUGUUUCCUCCAUUGAGAUGACCGAAGACAGAAAAAUCUUUGUGGAGAAAAUGGAAGAGAUCAAUGAGCAUGUAGCUCCCAGUGAAGCAGCUCUGUCGGUGGAACAGGCGGUGGCAGCUGCUGAGCGUCUUGGCUACCCCGUCUUGGUUCGUUCAGCGUUCGCUCUCGGAGGCCUCGGCUCCGGUUUUGCCAACAACAGAGAGGAGCUGACCUCUCUGGUAACGGCAGCAUUCGCUCACACCUCUCAGGUGCUGGUGGAUAAAUCCCUGAAAGGCUGGAAGGAGAUCGAGUACGAGGUGGUCCGGGACGCCUAUGACAACUGUGUGACUGUGUGUAAUAUGGAGAACAUCGACCCACUGGGUAUCCACACUGGGGAAUCCAUUGUAGUGGCUCCCAGUCAGACGCUUAAUGACCGCGAGUACAACAUGCUGAGAAACACGGCCAUUAAAGUCAUCAGACAUCUCGGCAUCGUGGGAGAGUGUAACAUCCAGUACGCUCUUAACCCCGAAUCUGAACAGUACUACAUCAUUGAGGUGAAUGCCCGCCUGUCACGGAGCUCUGCUCUGGCCAGUAAAGCGACUGGUUAUCCUUUGGCCUACGUAGCAGCUAAACUUGGUCUGGGGAUCCCGCUGCCACAGCUCAAAAACUCAGUGACAAACUCAACGACGGCAAACUUUGAGCCGAGUUUGGAUUACUGUGUGGUGAAGGUGCCUCGCUGGGAUCUCAGCAAGUUCCUCAGGGUUUCCACCAAGAUAGGCAGCUCCAUGAAGAGUGUUGGGGAGGUGAUGGCUAUUGGUCGUAGCUUUGAGGAAGCCUUCCAGAAAGCUCUGAGGAUGGUGGAUGAGAACUGUGUUGGCUUUGACCACACCAUCAAGCCUGUCUCUGAAAAGGAGUUGCAGACUCCUACAGAUAAGCGUAUCUUUGUGCUGGCGGCAGCAUUCAAAGCUGGCUACACUGUGGAAAAGCUGUAUGAGCUGACCAAAAUCGACCGCUGGUUCCUGCACAAGAUGAAAAACAUCGCCGACCACGAGCUGCUGCUGGAGACCUACAAUCAGGAUGAGAGCUCCAUGCCUCCAGAGGUGAUGCUUAAGGCCAAGCAGCUGGGCUUCUCAGACAAGCAGAUAGCACUGGCUGUACAGAGCACAGAGCUGGCCGUCAGAAAGCUGCGUCACGAUUGGUCCAUCCUGCCAGUGGUGAAGCAGAUUGACACAGUGGCGGCUGAAUGGCCGGCUUACACAAACUACCUGUACCUGACCUACCACGGCACAGAGGACGACCUGAGCUUCAACGAUCAGCACGUCAUGGUGAUCGGCUCGGGCGUGUACCGCAUCGGCAGCAGCGUGGAGUUUGAUUGGUGCGCUGUUGGGUGCAUCACCGAGCUCAGGAAGAUGGGCUAUAAGACCAUCAUGGUGAACUACAACCCCGAGACAGUCAGCACAGACUACGACAUGUGCGACCGCCUCUACUUCGAUGAGAUCUCCUUUGAGGUGGUGAUGGACAUCUAUGAAAGGGAAAACCCAGAGGGAGUGAUCCUGUCUAUGGGAGGCCAGCUUCCCAACAACAUUGCCAUGUCGUUGCACCGCCAGCAGUGCCACAUCUUGGGGACUUCGCCCGAGUUCAUCGACAGCGCUGAGAACCGGUUCAAGUUCUCCCGAAUGCUGGACACCAUCGGCAUCAGCCAGCCGCAGUGGAAGGAGCUCUCAGACACUGAGUCUGCUGUGAAGUUUUGCGAGACGGUCGGUUAUCCCUGCCUCGUUCGCCCCUCGUAUGUUCUGAGCGGAGCGGCCAUGAACGUCGCCUACAGUGACAGCGACCUCGAGAAAUACCUGAGUAACGCUGUAGCAGUGUCCAAGGAACACCCUGUGGUCAUCUCUAAAUUCAUUCAGGAGGCUAAGGAGAUAGACGUGGACGCUGUCGCAUGUGACGGUGUAGUGAUGGGCAUUGCGAUUUCUGAACACGUGGAGAACGCUGGAGUUCACUCUGGUGACGCCACCUUGGUGACACCGCCUCAGGACCUCAAUCAGAAAACCAUAGAGAGGAUCAUGCAGAUCGUUCACGCCAUCGGUCAGGAGCUGCAAGUCACCGGGCCGUUUAACCUGCAGUUAAUUGCAAAGGAUGACCAGCUCAAAGUGAUCGAGUGCAACGUCCGAGUUUCUCGCUCCUUCCCCUUUGUGUCCAAGACGCUGGGAGUGGACUUGGUGGCUCUGGCUACCCAGUACAUUAUGGGGGAGGACGUGGAGCCAGUGGGCCUGAUGAAAGGGAAAGGGAUUGUGGGAGUCAAGGUCCCUCAGUUUUCUUUCUCUCGGCUGGCCGGAGCUGAUGUGGUGCUCGGGGUGGAGAUGACCAGCACUGGAGAAGUAGCUUGUUUUGGGGAGAACCGGUACGAGGCUUACCUCAAAGCCAUGCUCUCCACAGGCUUCAAGAUCCCCAAGAAGAACAUCCUGCUCUCCAUCGGCAGCUAUAAGAACAAGAGUGAGCUGCUGCCCACCGUGCAGGCCCUGGAGUCUUUGGGAUAUGACCUGUAUGCCAGCAUGGGCACGGCUGACUUCUACACAGAGCAUGGAGUCAAGGUGACUGCAAUCGAUUGGCCGUUUGAGGAGUACGACAGCGAUGAAUGUGCCACCAAAGAGAAGCAGCGCAGCAUCAUGAACUACCUGGAGGAGAACCACUUCGACCUUGUCAUUAACCUCUCCAUGAGGAACAGCGGAGGUCGAAGGCUCUCCUCCUUUGUCACCAAAGGCUACAGGACCAGGCGUAUGGCUAUCGACUACUCUGUCCCGCUCAUCAUCGAUAUCAAGUGCACCAAGCUCUUUGUUCAGGCUCUUCGUCAGAUUGGAAGGACUCCACCAGUGAAAACUCAUGUUGACAGCAUGGCAUCCCAGACACUCGUCCGUCUGCCCGGUCUGAUCGAUGUCCACGUUCACCUACGGGAGCCUGGCGCCACCCAUAAGGAGGACUUCUCCUCAGGCACAGCAGCUGCUCUGGCAGGAGGAGUGACCCUGGUGUGUGCGAUGCCCAACACUUCCCCCGCCAUCACUGAUGCUAAUAAUCUGGCUCUGGUGCAGAAGUUAGCCAAAGCAGGCAGCCGCUGCGACUACGCCCUGUAUGUGGGCGCUGCCACGGACAACGCUGCUGUCCUGCCGCCCAUCGCCAGCCAGACCGCCGGUCUGAAGAUGUACCUGAAUGACACAUACUCCACCCUCAAGAUGGACAACGUCUCCCUGUGGAUGGAGCACUUUGAGAAAUGGCCCAAGCAGAUGCCCAUCGUGGCUCACGCUGAGAAGCAGACGGUGGCGGCGAUCCUCAUGGUGGCCCAGCUGUACCAGCGGCCAGUCCACAUCUGUCACGUGGCCAAGAAAGAGGAGAUCCUGGUAAUCCGAGCUGCAAAGCAGAAGGGCAUCCAGGUCACAUGCGAGGUCGCCCCUCACCACCUCUUCCUGUGUGAGGAUAAUGUGGCGCAGAUCGGCGACGGUCGAGCGCAGGUUCGACCCAUGCUGGGAACACGCGAGGACAUGGAGACACUCUGGGAAAAUCUGGACAUUAUCGACUGCUUUGCUACAGACCACGCUCCUCACUCUGUAGACGAGAAGAACAGUGAGCGUCCUCCUCCUGGUUACCCCGGUCUGGAAACAAUGCUGCCUCUGCUGCUCACCGCCGUCAGUGAUGGACGUCUGACUCUGGAUGAUAUUACCAGACGUCUUUAUGACAAUCCACGCAGGAUCUUCAACCUGCCCGUUCAGGAAAACACCUACGUGGAGGUGGACCUGGAGCAGGAGUGGGUUAUUCCUCAGGCCAUGCAGUUCACUAAGUCUAAGUGGACUCCUUUCGAAGGUAUGAAGGUGAAAGGUAAAGUCCGCCGCGUGGUCCUGCGAGGAGAGGUGGCCUACAUCGACGGCCAGGUGCUCGUGCCUCCAGGUUACGGUGAGGAUGUGAAGACUUGGCCCACUUCUUCCACCCAUCCUGCAGAACCUGUCAAAGAAACUCCAAUGACUCCUGAGCGUCGGCGUCCAACUCCACCCCGGGAUGGAGUGCGGACUCGAGCUGCGAGCCCACGACGCAUUGGUGGAGAAAGCCGCUACCUGCUGCCGCCCCGCAUCCACCGUGCCUCUGAUCCCGGCCUGCCACCAGAGAUGGUCAUGCUCCCACCAGCCGCUGCUGUUGACGGGUACAGCCAUCCUCCCCCACUGUCCAGGCUGCUGUCCCCGCAGUCUGGGUCAGGACAGGUGCCUCCUGGUCAGGUGUCACACCUGCAGAUGUCUCCUCUGCUUCACCCACUGGUGGGACAGCACAUCUUGUCUGUCAGACAGUUCAGCAAGGAGCAGAUCUCACACCUGUUCAAUGUUGCUCACACUUUACGUUUGAUGGUUCAGAAGGAACGAAGCCUGGAAAUACUCAAGGGUAAAGUAAUGGCCUCCAUAUUCUAUGAGGUCAGCACUCGCACCAGCAGUUCCUUCGCAGCGGCCAUGCAGCGUUUGGGCGGCUCCGUCGUCCAUUCCAGCGAGGCCACUUCCUCCUCGCUGAAGGGAGAAUCGCUGGCGGACUCUGUCCAGAUCAUGAGUGGCUACGCUGACGUCCUCGUGCUGCGUCACCCAACACCUGGAGCUGUAGAGAGCGCGUCCCGUCAGUGCCGUAAGCCGCUGAUCAAUGCUGGCGACGGUGUCGGGGAGCAUCCCACUCAGGCCCUGUUGGACGUCUUCACCAUCAGAGAGGAGCUGGGAACGGUCAACGGCAUGACGAUAACGAUGGUUGGAGAUCUGAAACAUGGCCGAACGGUUCAUUCCCUCGCCAAACUGCUGACCCAGUACCGCAUCACUCUGCGUUACGUGGCUCCCAAAAACCUCCACAUGCCAGCAGAGAUCGUCAGCUACGUGGCCUCAAAGGGCAUCAAACAGGAGGAGUUUGACAGCAUCGAGGAGGCUCUGCCUGACACCGACGUCCUCUACAUGACGAGGAUCCAGAAGGAGAGGUUUGCAUCUGAGGAGGAGUACAAAGCCUGUUUUGGUCAGUUCGUCCUCACUCCUCACAUCAUGACUGGAGCCAAACAGAAGAUGGUGGUGAUGCACCCGCUGCCCAGAGUCAAUGAAAUCAGUGUGGAGGUGGACACAGACCCGAGGGCGGCAUAUUUCCGUCAGGCGGAGAAUGGCAUGUACAUCCGAAUGGCCCUGCUGGCCACCGUACUGGGCCGAUAACUCAGUGUGUGUCACAGGCUGGGUCUCUGACCCAGCGCUCUGAGUUCAUUUUGUAUUUGUCUCAUUUUAGAUAUGUGAUUAGUUUGUGUCAUUCCUAUUUAGCUUUAGUUAAGGAAAGGCAGUUAUUAAUUAUUGUUUCCUUGGUUUCUAUGUUUGAGUUCUUGUAUCGUUCAUCACGUGUUAGGUCUGUUAAGCUUGUGUUGUCAUGUCUAGUUUCAGUGUUUCCUGUUUUAUUUUGAAGGAGUCGUGUGUUCUUUGUUCAUUGUAUUU